AUGAUGCGCGCGAUGACGAACUGGAGGUUAGAAUACGUUAAGACAUUUAAUUCAUAUACGCAGGCCAUCGAGGAGCUUCGUAACACGCGUCAUCACCAUGAAGGCCGCGCUCGCCAGCGCCGAAGCCGCUCGGCGCCGCCGGCCGUCCGUCAGCCUCGCCGCCCAGCGGCCCGUCCAGGCCUGACCCCGCAACUGUUACUCGAAGCCGAACGCGACGGCCGUCAGCAAGGCCGAACUGCUCCCAACUCGGCGAAGGAUCUCACGGAUGCUAUGAGAGACGAACGAAAAGCCGAACGGGACUUAACGGCGGCACUGGAGCGCAUGCAGAUGCAGUUGGCCACCUUAUUUGCCCAGAGUGACGUGGAGCAACGCGUUGUUACCACGCAGGGGGAGGCCACCACGAAGGCCAAAACCGAACUGACGAAUUAUGUGCACUCGCUGGUCAUUGCCCACGAUGACGGAUGGUGGACCACGGUUCCGAGAGUUGAACACCAACGUCGUCAACCGUCACCGCCAAGUCGUGCAAGCACGCCCGCUCCAUCGCCAGCUCCACAUGAUGUUGCUGAGGAUGAGGAGGUCGUCGGAGCCGAAUCGCCACCACCGCCGCAACAGCAACAAGGACGAGCGCGCCCUCGUCAAGCCGCUAGCCCGGAUGCGAAUUCGCAGUGCUGCAACUGCGAGAAGACACAGAAAUUGACGCGAGCCUACGGACCCGUGGCCUGCCCUGACUGUCGUUCCUCGUAUAGACAUGCCAUCGAAAAAUUGUUGAACGGCGAGACGAAGCCCUGCUCCGAUGAUACUUGUUCCAAGGGUAGUGCGUUGCCGUCCGCAUCUUAUCGCAAACCUCGAAGCAAAGGGAUUCCGAAGAGACCUCCUGCCCGCCUUCCGACCCGAAUAGCAGCGUCCGCUCUCUCCAAUUACUGCCUUCUCGCCUCCAACAUCACUCGCCUGUCGUUUUCGAGGGUCGCCGCUAAUGAUCCGGGAUGCAAUGCUGCGCCGCGAAUGAGCCACGGAUCUGCAAAAAUCCGAGCA